AUGGCUGAGCUCUGCAGCCAGGCUAUGGUGAGAUAUGGGCAGCUGUCCUCGGAGAAGGAAAAGUGUCAGGCUGUGAAUGCAGUGACCUGUGAUGAUGUGCAUGUGAACUUCACCCCGGAAGAGUGGGCUUUGCUGGACCCUUCCCAGAAGAAUCUCUAUAAUGAUGUGAUGCUGGAGACCUUCAGGAACCUCACUGCUAUUGGCUAUAAUUGGGAAAGUCAUUAUAUUGAAGAGUAUUCUCAAAGUUCGAGAAGACAUGGAAGUCCUCUUGAAUGGCAUGAGAGAAUUCACAUGGAAGCGAAGACCUAUAAAAGUAUUCAAGAUGAUGAAUCUAUUGCAUAUCACAGUCAACUGCGAAUAUAUAAAAGAGCACAUACUGAGAGAAGUUCUACAAAUGUCAUCAUUGGUGUGGAAAUUAUGAAGAAACUUCUGAGCAAGAGAAGAGAGGACGUGAUAAUUCAGAUGGACCCAAAAAGCAGUACCUCUAAAGAGGAGACCCUCACAGAUCCUUCAUGA